AUGGAAGCACGGAUCCCCUCCCUUGGCUCCUCAACCGCUGUCGAAAUCCCAGGUGCUCGCAGGCUUCUGGAAUUACUUAGUAGCCACCAAGUACUGUAUGCAAUUAUGACUUUAGCAAUAAAGGCACUCCUAGACGGAUGGUUGGCGGUCCUACAGCUACCACGGCCGCAGGAUGUCACCGUUGCAGGGGACAUCAAGAUCCGAAAACAGGACCCAGAGGGUUACAGCAAGGUGUGGGAGAAGCUUCUCCAAUCUCGCAGCGCACCUGGCCAGGUUCUCAUGAUGGAAGAUGCUCCUGCGGGCAUUGAAGCCGGGAAAGCAGCGGGACGCAAAGUACUAGCUGUUGCAACGACACAUACUAUGGAGCAGUUGAAGGCUGCGGGCGCAGACUGGGUGCCUGAUAAUUAUGAAUACCCGUUCCAGUUCUCUUUGUCAGGGCGUAUGCUCGAGUCCGUUGAAGGACUUGAUGACAGCUACAUUCGAUACACCUUGAAGGCGCAGAUCUGUGGUAUGACAGGGAAGAGCACAAUGGAGAUCCACAGACAUAUCAGGCUAUACCGAGAACACCCGUCACUACGUUUCCCAGAACCAAAGGUGAUUGAAAACUUCUGGCCCGAGAAAGUCAUCUACAAUGUCAGCGUUCCAUCCCAGGCUUGGGCCUUCGGGGGUGUUAUUCCCUUGACAGUCAGAUUUAUUCCUCUUCGCAAAGGCCUCAGACUGGAUACUAUCCUGUCCCGACUAGUGGAAUAUCAAAAGACCACACGCCCUGUACCUUCAUCUCGGUCUCGUGAUGUUGUACUCGAUGAGUACCAGGCUCCUAAUUCGGGCGAAUUAGACAUCGUGCACGAUGGAGGAGACUGGUACCAGGUUACUCGACGACUACAGCUUCCUCAGUCCACAAGACACUGCCUCCAGAGCGUCUUGAAUGGCCUGAUGCCUGUCACGCACUGUCUUAAUGUACAGAUUGGCUUGAAAAAUCCGGAAGGUCAUACAUCUCUGAUCCGCUUGAACAUCCCGGUGUUUAUUCAUUUUAUUCAAGCCUUCACAGCUGUCAACCAAAACACUUUCUUGAACUUGGAAAGCCCUGCGUCAACACUGAAUACACCAUGGGAGUUUCUCCCCCGCUACGAGGAUCACGUUCGGGACCCAAAGCCGGAUGAAGUAAACUUCAUUUCCGAAUUACCUGCAGACGAUGAAGGGGAAGGAGAAAGCCUCCCCAACUAUUCGGCCGCACCAGAACUCUCUCAGGUUCCUAGUUAUUCGACUGCUAUACGCUCCAGCACUUCGAGUCCAGUACCCUUCUGA